GAACACACGAACACCCGAACCGCGGAUCGCGGCCGCCUAGCGACAAAGGCAAGGCAAGGCUGCUGCCGCUUCUCAACAGUAUAACAACACACUCAAGCCUAAGUCAGGCAUGAGCUUUCGGGUCGUCGGUUCGUUCCUCAAUGCCCGACUCUGCGCCGACAAAUUGCUCGAAAACCACGUAAUGCUGCCGCUUAUAUUCGAAGGACUGCUUCAGGCAUACCUCGAUCUAUAUAUUGUUGGUGAUAAUAGCCCGUGGCGCCCAACAGCCGCCUUCAAGCCGAGUCGAACGCUCCGAGAGGGCCUAGACGUGUUAGACUUGUCUGUGCCAAGCCCAAAUGCAGUCUGGGCAACAUUUCAGGGUCUCGCUGCGCCCAGAGAGCCCAAAGGAGCGGCAUGCCACCAUUGCGGUGACACAUCUCACUCUGUGUAUCCCGAUCAUUCCAGGCCAGGCUUUCUUGCCCGUGGAGCUUGCCUCAAAUACUCCAGUCGCCACAAUUUCUAUCCCUCAGCCUACGUCCUAGAGAAACACAAAAUCGUCAGCAGCCCCGAACAGAUUCGCAUUGCGCGCGGGUCCCGGUUCUGCGUAGACUGUGGGGGUCUUGAGGGUCGGAGUUUCUACACUCACGUCGACCAAACGACAAUACGCAACGACAACAUGCGUUGUGAACGCUGCUAUUACUGGUGGUGUAAUGAUGGCCAAGCACCAUCCGCUUUUGCGACGAGUAAACAGGCAGAGAGUUUUGAAAUCCACACCGGGCCAGGAUUCAUACCAAGCUUCUAUGCUGUAUGUACUGCCAAACGAAGGGUCAGAUACGCGACUACAUUGCAUCGCCCAUCACUAUAACGACACUGAGAUAAUCUACAAUCGAGAUAAGAUCCCUCUACAGCCACAGAUCUAGCCAGUCCAGCAGGGAGUAAUGAGCAGGGACAAUGUGACACACUUGAGAUAGUCGUGGACGACGACCACCCGAUAUGCAUCGAUUGCCACACCCACGACGCCGAGAACAAUAUAUGACAUUUUGUAGGCUG